GCUAGCUAUCUAAACAGGGAAACCAUCAACCAUUCUAGUGAGCCUUGCGGUCUCUGUCUCAAGCCCAGCCCAAUGUGUCGGUUUGUUCUCCAGGUGCAAAAGGGAACAAUCGGUGUCGACUUCGCCAAGUCAACUUGUGCUAGGCUUGCCAAAUUCUCAUAUGGGCCUGCGAGCACCCCAUUCCAAGCCAACCCAUGUGGUAAUGUCCCAGUUAAAUGUUCCUACUGUCCAAAAGGAUCAAGUGCAGUUUGGAGAUACAAUCUGGAUGCUCACUAUCGUGCUAAGCAUUCCCCUGCGCUCCCUCUUACAGAGCUUGCAAUCACUAAUUUUGAAAUAGAAGGACUCAAGUUGCUCUGGGACAAUCGUCAUACAGCAAACUGCAUGGAAGUGAGGCGUCGGAAGCGGCAUAAGCCGCAUUUUGUGAUAUCCGAAGCUCAC